AUGAAGUUCUUAGGUGUAGCAAUUGCGCUUGUAUGCGCUCUCGCAAGUAAUAAUGUCAUUGCGCUUCCAACUGACAGAGAAAACCAGAAACCCUCCAAUAUCAGGAGGCUGCAAAUUGCAAAUAAUCCAUUAGCAGACAAUAAUAAAAAUCCAAAGUUUUUCAAAAGGGACAAGAUCUGGGACUACCAAGGAAGCAAGGUUAGGGGAGUCAAUUUAGGGGGAUGGUUUGUGUUAGAACCGUUCAUUACUCCCUCACUCUUUGAAGUGUUCGAUAAGACUCCAGUAGAUGAAUACCACUACUGUCAAUCCUUAGGAAAAACAGUUUGUUCUGGACGUUUGCAAACACAUUGGGAUACUUGGUAUACAGAGCAAGAUUUUCAAGAAAUAAAGUCUUUAGGAUUAAACAUGGUCCGUAUCCCUAUCGGUUACUGGGCGUUCACUUUGUUGGACAACGAUCCAUACGUCCAGGGCCAAACUAAAUACCUAGACAGGGCCAUCAGUUGGUGUAGGAAGUAUGGGUUGAAAGUUUGGGUUGACCUUCACGGUGCACCAGGAUCUCAAAAUGGAUUUGACAAUUCUGGUUUGAGGGAUAGCUAUAAAUUUCAAGAUGGUGAUAAUGUUCAAAUUACUCUUGACGUCUUGAAGAAAAUUGGAGAUAAAUAUGGAUCUUCUGAUUAUGAUGAUGUUGUCAUUGGAAUAGAGUUGCUCAAUGAGCCAUUAGGACCAAUCUUGAAUAUGGAUCAAUUGAAAGAUUUUUAUACUCAAGGUUAUAACAACUUAAGAUGGACAGGCUCAUCACAAUUUGUUGUUAUUCAAGAUGCUUUCCAGGAAAUGGGUUACUGGGAUGAUUUUAUGACCGUCCAGAGUGGUGACUACUGGAAUGUGGUUGUCGAUCAUCAUCACUACCAAGUUUUCGCGGCAGCCGAGUUGCAGAGAUCUAUCGAUGAGCAUAUUUCUGUUGCUUGUUCUUGGGGCUCUGAUGCAAAGAAAGAAUAUCAUUGGUCUAUAUCCGGAGAAUGGUCAGCUGCCUUGACUGAUUGUGCCAAGUGGCUUAAUGGUGUUGGAAAAGGAGCCAGAUAUUCGGGCGACUUGGAUAAUUCCCCGUACAUUGAUUCUUGUGACAAUUAUAUUGAAGUGUCUAGUUGGUCUGAUGAAUAUAGAACGAAUGUUCGUAAAUAUAUCGAAGCACAGUUAGAUGCCUUUGAACAAAAUGGUGGGUGGAUCUUUUGGAAUUGGAAAUGUGAAGAUGCUAUUGAAUGGGAUUUCAAAAGACUAACUGCUGCAGGCGUUUUCCCUAGUCCCUUAUCAGAGAGAACAUAUCCAAAUCAAUGCAAUUUUUGA